AUGCCUCUUACUACCCGCUCUGGGCGUCAGCCAAAAGCGCCACUUCGAGCCGACAAUGAUGGCAACCAAGCACGUUCACGCCCUGGUCCAAAGUCGGCCAACGCCAAUAUACCUCGCCCUCGCCCUAAGCCUCGUGCCCUGGCAAGGCGCUCAUUCGUCAGGAACAAGUCCAAUGGCGCGAGUGAGGAUCCCGAGGCACAGUUACCUGACAAUGGUACAGAUAAUGAUACACCGCUAGUGUCAAGCACGACGGUGCUGUUCUCGACAAUGAGAGUGACACAGGGUACAGUUCUAUCCAAUGGUGAAUGUAAUGGUCCUGCAGCGACGAAUGAAAGGGAGACAACAACCGCUCUGUCCGACAGUGAAAUUGGCAAUCCUGGAGCGACAAAUGAACCAGAUGAGACUGGGGCUCAGUCCGACGGUGAGCACAGCAGUACCAUAGCAACGAACAACCGGGUCAAUUCUGCAGUUCCGUCCUCGAAUGAACGCGAUGGUAAUGCAGCGGUGAAUGAAAGGGUCAUGAACGCAUCUCCAUCCAACGGUGACAGCGUGAUUCAAACAAACGAAAGGGAGAAAACCGCAGUCAUUCGCCCGCGCAGAUCCGGUGCUCAAAAGUCAUACUUUCCUUCCCACGAGGGGAAAUCCACAGAGAGCUCUGGUUCUGAUAGCGAUUGGGCUGAAACAGAAGAGCGACGCAAGAAGGCAGAAUCCCGUGCAGAGUCCCCCAGACUGUCUGCAGAGGGACAGCAGAAGGGACAAGCAGUGGCAGAGGCACCCGACCAUGAUGAUGAUUCCGAGGGCUGCGACGAAGAAGACAGGCUUGAAGAAGGCGACGAGACCACACAUAAAGCAGGCAGACUAUCUAAGGAAGCCAUUUUGGCAGUGCAUGAUUUUGGGAAGAGGGUCCAGGCGGAAGCGACCGAAAUUGGCGAACGGUUUGGGAAACAUCGGCAGGUCAUUCUGACGGAGGCAGGAUUAGCGAGGAAAGCAACUCGCAAGGAGUCCAUUUGGAACCAGCAUCAAGCCUGGUUUAAAACUGUGCUGCACCUGUCCAAAGCAGCGAGCUUGCAGGCAUGGAAAGCCAAGCAAGCUGAGCAUUAUCACGCCCACUCAUACAAGGACCCUAAGAACGCGGCUCUAUGGAAGCAGAUCCGAGAGCAUUUUGAUCAUGCGAUUGCCACUCCUGACGGUCUAUCCUCUCGCGAAUCAUGCAGUCUUAUGAUGGCAGUUCGUGAGAUGUUUGCAAAAUCGGCUUUGUACUGGCACCACACAUAUGGAAUUCAUGUCGCUGGUAUUGUUAUUUAUCCAGGUGAUGAGGAAUCUGGCCGCCAGGCCUCCGGUUUUUUUGCGGGGUCAGAUAUUGUAAAGGCCCUCAUUGAUGCUCAACGGGUAGAUGCCAAGCAUAUGAUAGAUGAGAUCACGACAAUCCUCAAGUACAAGGACUUAGAAGCUGCGCAAGCAGCAGGCAAGAAUAUUAAAUUUCUUCCGCCGCCUGCCCCAGCCUCCAACGCCUCGCUUCUACGCAACGGUAAAUCUGACAGGGAUAGAAAUCGCAUGGUUGCACCUGUGGUUAUCAGCGAAGCAUUCGCUGAUGCUGGUCAUGCAUUAAAGACUUCGAAUAGUCGAUGGAUGACAAUGCUUGACGUCCUAUACUCGACAAGGUUAUGUAUUCAUGACUGGCCCGCAGGAGUUCCGCCCCCUGGCCCUGAUUUCGACCUCAAAUCGCUGUCCGCAAGUCAGUUGCGUGCCCUUGUGGGUCCGUAUCUGAGGAUCCAUCUUGGUGAUACGUAUGAGGCUGAGUUGGGCCGAGAUGAGGAUGAGGAUGACAGCGAUGCAGAGAAAGCGAAGAUGGCCAAGCGGAAAGGCAAGAUUGGAGUCCUCAUGCAAGACCUCACCUCGUACACUGGCGAGGUGUACACAAUCCCUCUCGUCAUUGAUACAGAUGGUGUCAUCUUACGUCGUCUCAAAGAUUCAGAGAAAUUUAUCAAGGACCUCCCUCCCCACGUUACUCGCAAGCAACUAGGCAAGACGAUUCGUGAAGAGUAUCCGACCUCAGAUGCAAGUGCAGAGCACUCGUUCCCAGAGGCUUCGCAUCCUAACUUGGGAAAUUCACGGUCCAAUUCAAGAGCUUUGCACUCACACCAGCAGGUUUCGCGUACACAUGUUACAACUCCACGCGCCAACUCGAGGGCUCCGCGCUCUAAUCUUGGAGCUCCAAGGGCUACGCGCCCCCCCAACUCUGGGGCUUCGCGCUCAAACCAAGGGGCUUCGCGCUCAAAUCAAGGGGCUUCGCGCUCAAACCAAGGGGCUUCGCGCUCCACUGCUGGGGCUUUGCGCUCCACUGCUGGGGCUUUGCGCUCUACUGCUGGGGCUUUGCGCUCCAAUCAAGUUGUCACUAGGCACAUGGACUAUGAUGAUCUCACUGACUACAAUAACCUCCCAGCCGAUUAUGACGAUAUCCCACCAUCAUCUCCUUUUUUGCCUGCUACGCCUCGAGGUUCAAAUACAGCCCAUGGACGACACCAGUACAACCGCCUGCGUGAAGACAUCCGCCAUUCAUUCGGCUCUAAGUCAGACACUCGGAAACGACCUCGUGGUGAUUACGAAACUAUAAGUGAGGUCGACGAAAUCGAGACUGGCAUGGUGGAGGAUAGGCGUUUGGCCAGGAUGCACGACAGGACAAGCGUGGAUCAAAGGUCCACUCGUGGUCAUCAGCGUAAGCCAAUUGCUGGUGCUCCAUCAAUGGCACAUUCAGGAGCCGUCACAAAUAACAACACUGCGCGCUUAGCAUCUCGUUCGUCAGUGGUACCCUAUGCUGAUCGCUCGCCUUCACGCCAGCACGGCCGUCGAGUUCCUGUCGAAGCUGAGUAUGAAUUUGACUCCUACUGA